CGCUCCCGGCCCCGGGCUGCCCCCGGAGUGGGUGGUGUCCGGCCGGCCAGGGCGCUGCUCCCCCCUGCGGGCGCAGCUUUCCGAGAGUGAGCCGGGGCUAUGGAGCCCCCUUUCCCCGCGCUGCUCUGCCUGCUCGGCCUCCUCGCCACCGCCUCCGGAGCAGCCGAGUGCCCUUCCUCUGCUUGGAUUCCAUUUAGAAGUAGCUGCUAUAUUUUUAUUCAAGGCACAUUAGAGGAAUCGGACAAUAUUGAUGAAGCCAGAAAUCUCUGUAAAGACAAUGCUUCUGGAGCAGACAUUAUUAGUAUAAAAAAUAAAGAUGAGAAUACCUUCAUACAAGAAACAUUCAAAAAUCACUGGCAAGGCCCUGAUUAUAUUUCACUGGGCAUGUUCUUUGACACAGAUGAUAAUGCUUUUAAAUGGUUUGACAAGUCGGAAAUGAAAUUUACCAAUUGGAUUGAAGAGGAAAGCAAUGAGGAACUCCUGAACACAUGUGCUUCUAUGUACACUAAGUCUGGGGAAUGGAAAAAAAUCAGUUGUGAAGAUCUUCCUCGGACAGGGACCCUUUGUAAAACAGCCUUUGCUUAUGAAAAGAAGUACUUACCAGAUAAAACUGCUUUGACUACCACCUUGGUCAUAAUUUUUACCAUAGUUGUGACAGUUUCUGCAGCAUUAUUUUGGUUCCUGUACAAAAGAAAUAUGUCUUCUGGAGCUUUAUGUAUAACACACCAUUCAACAGCUGAAAUGCCAUACAGUGAUGAAACUGUUCUAAUAGAUGAAGAAAAUGAGUAUACUGCUUAAAAUGUAAAAUUAUACAAUUUUAUUUAUAUGCCAGAAGUGACAUCUUACCCAUAUUUAGGCUUCAGUCCUGUAAGCACAUGCAUAACUUUACUCGCAUAAUAAUGUGCUAGUUGUUAGGACACAGAUAGAGAAGACAGACUAAAAAUAGUCAAAAGUAUUUCCUAUUGGGCUGUCAGAGCUCAUAUUCAAAAUUCUCUCCAAAUGUAUUUAGUGCACCUGGAAAUACCUGGAGUAUGAGUUGGUCUGUCUCAGUGAAGUGUCAUUCUGAAAAGAGCAAGCAUUUAAUUAAACGUUAAGAUUUCAAAAAUUCUGCAGAUUUCCAUAACAGGUUUUUAAUUCAUUUGUUUCAUCUGUGAUAAUGAAAACCAAUCAUGCCUGUGAAUAUUUUAGCAAAUAAAAGUUUGAAAGACUAGCUCAUUUUAAUGACUAUUAUAGAAAGAAAAUUUGAAUUUGUGUUUGCACUGAACCUUAAUUCAAAGAACUUCCAGUCAAUGCACAGAAAAUGAGCUACGUGGUCUGCAUCCAGUCAAAACAGUCUGAACUUCAAACCAUUCAGACUCAUGAAACUGGUUUAAAAAAAAAAAAAAGCUAUUACCCAAAAUGAAUAAUUUGAAACAAAGCUAAGCAAAUUUGCAAAUUACUUGCAAACAAUUUAAAAGAGGGAGGUGAAAUUCCUCAAAUUAUUUGCCCAGUUCAAAUUAGGAUUUGAGUCCAAAUGUUCACAAACUCUCUAGUUUUGUAUUUGCAGCUAAUUGUAGCUGCAGGAUUAAGACGUCAAGUCUUGGUCCCAGUUGUGCAGACCCUUAAAGUUGCGUAGAAAUCAUUCGGUCUCUGCACAGGAACAGGGGUCUGCCUCCACUGAUCAGGGUUUAGCAUCUAUCAUUUAUAGCUUAUUUGAUUGCAAAAUUAGCUUUCUAUACCCUGCAAUAUGUAGUCAACCUAUUUUUUUUAAGGGGGAAACUAGUGGGCAAACUGUUUGCCAAGAGUUCAUCUGGCUAACUUGCAACUGUUUUAAUAUAUAAAACAAAACUGAAAGAU